AUGCAUCUGUCCAAUGUAGCAACUCGCCCUACCAUUAUAUCCUCCGGGGGAUCCAACAUGGCCACUCCUCAUAAUUCAAGGACAGUCGACGUGGAUGAAUAUCAGAAACUGAAUAACAUUCUCUCGUUACUGUUUCCCUCUACAGUCCAUGUGCAACAGUCGCAAAACAUCAAUGCUCGAGUUCAUACGCUCCGCCUUCUCACCCUCUCGAACGGUGGUCGACUGCUUUUAAAGGGCUCUCCUCUGCCAGGAACCCCCUCCUACGACACGAACGCUUUUUCCUUGAGACCGAAGCCCGUUUCCUGGUACUCCUGGGCCAGAGUGCCAAUCCUUGCAUUCCGCAACUCUAUCAUUAUGACCCGCGAGGGUCCCUUCUCGGCUCCGCCUAUCUAG